AUGGGUCUCCCUAAGUACGCUGCAUUCAAAAGCGAAAAAGCUGGGAAGUACCUUCAAUACCUUCAUGAAGGUCCAAUUAAAGGUAACCUACAAUACUCUUCUGAUAACGUUGCGAACAUGUUCUCAAAGUUCACAUUGGAGCCAUCCAAGACGAGUAAUUAUGUAAACAUAAGAUGUUGCUACAACAACAAGUUCUGGGCUUCUUCCAACGACGACAAUCACAUGAUCACUCCCUCCCUUAGCAAGCCCGCCGAAAACGAAUUCUUAUCACCAUGCACAUUGUUUAGGAUUGUCAAAGCUCCGGCAGAAGGAGCUUACUAUUUAUUGGAUGUGUUGCGUCAAUCGUAUGUCUGUCGAUGUACCACCAGCAAAAUUCAUGAGAAUUGCCUCACAACUAGAUACGGCAACCAAGAUCAUUACUACGACAGAUCUCACAUAUUAAUCGACUUCGAAACCAUCGUCAUGCUCCCCAAACAUGUGGCAUUUAAAUGCGACAUAGAAAAGUAUCUGUGCAACUAUUGGUACGAGAAUCAUGAAUAUCUCAAAUUCGAUUCCGAUGACAUUGGAUUCUCGAAGGUAGGCCACCAAGUGUUCAACGUGGGUGAUGGAAGCAUUCGAAUCAAAUGUGACCAUUCGAAUAAGUUUUGGGUGCGUCAACCAAACAACUGGAUCCUCGCGAACUCAACCGACACAACCACUAACAACAAAGAUACCUUGUUCUGGCCGGUUAAGGUUUCUAAAAACGUCGUGGCACUUCGCAACCUCGGCAAUAACAGUUUCUGCAAGAGAUUCACUCAUGAGAAUAAGGAGCAUUGUCUCAGCGCUCAUUCAAAUACCAUUUCGAGGGAGGCACAACUGGAGAUCGUUGAGCCUAUUAUUUCAAGGGAAAUCUACAAUUGUAAGUAUCGAACUAUGGAUGCUAGAGUGUAUGACGAAAAGGUACUAAAUAUGGCAACCGGGGAAGCUACCAACGGCGCCACGAAAGAGACGAGUAUGGCAGUAAGUUUGAAGUACGUAGUAGAAACAUCUAAAUGUUGGGAAUCUUCGGUCACCGCGGGUUGGGGUGUGACGACAUCUAUCAAAGCUGGCAUUCCUGAAAUUGCAGAAGCUGGAAUCGAAAUCAACUAUAAUGAAGAGAAGAGUCACACGUGGGGAGAAACUAUUACAGAAAUGAAAGAAGUGAUGGUAACAUAUACUGUCAGUGUACCAGCAAAGACAAGGAUGAAAGUCACUCUUCUUGGAACCAAGGCCAAAUGCGAUGUCCCGUUUUCGUACACACGACGAGAUGUUCAAAGGGAUGGAAAACAAGUUAUUACAGACUGUGAUGAUGGCCUUUAUGUUGGAGUCAAUUCCUACAAAUUUGAUUAUCAAAACAAGCCUUUGCCUCUCUGA